UAUCCCCAACUAUUAUAUGUCUAUAUGUAUAUAAAUGGACAGACAGACAGACACACACACACACACACAACACCCCCAACUUCAUCUCACUUGGAUUCGUCAUUCUUUCAAUUGGAUUCUGUCAUUCUUUCAUUUUUCUCUUCUUAUCCCAUCAGAAUAGAGAAAAUUUGCAAUUUCUAUAUUCCAAAAACUAACCCAACAAAACAUAUAUACCUUCCACCUUGAUUUAGUCACUCCGAGAGAGAGAGAGAGAGAGAGAGAGGAGAAGAAAAAUGAACGAGAUUAGCUCAUUGUGUGAGUUCAGUGCUCUGUCUCAUCAUCAUCAGCAUAGAAGUACAAGCUUUAAUUCUCUUAUUUCUUGCUUAAACGAGACAUGGGGUGACUUGCCAUUAAGGGUUGAUGAUUCUGAAGAUAUGGUCAUUUACAAUUUCCUCAGAGAUGCUGUUUGUUGUGGAUGGUCUCCGUUGGAUUUGAGCACUUCAACUACCACUACUUCUUCUACCACCACCACCACCACGACGACGACGACGACAAUAACAACUAAUGUUGUUAAAGCCGAGCCGAAAGAUGAGCUGGAUCUGGAAGCCGAGCCCAUUAAAUUGGUUCAAGAAUCUAGCUUGAAUAUGGAAGCUGUUGUUACUAAGAAGGUGGUGACUAAGGGAAGACAUUAUAGAGGAGUGAGGCAAAGGCCGUGGGGGAAGUUUGCGGCUGAGACAAGGGACCCAGCUAAGAAUGGCGCGAGAGUGUGGCUUGGGACUUACGAGACGGCAAAGGAAGCGGCUUUGGCUUAUGAUAGAGCGGCUUAUAGAAUGCGUGGCUCAAAGGCUCUCCUUAAUUUUCCACACAAGAUUGGGUCUAAUGAGCCGGAUCCGGUUAGGAUCACUGCCAAGCGUCGACAGCCAGAUACAGGUCUGACGGCUGUGGAUACUGGCUCGGCUAAGAUGAGGAAAAUGUUGGUGGAUGAGGGGGCUGAGUUGGAGAGGGGGGUGGGAUAUAGUGUUUUUCAGGUAGGACACCAUAAGGGGUUAAUGCCAGUUGGCGAGCAAUUAUUGGCUAGUUAGAGGAAUGAGGAAUGGUUAAUGUUUUGAAUGUGAAUACACUGAGUUUUUUCUUUUCCCUUAAUGGAAUGGUUUUUUGUAUUUUUGAUGUAGAUGCAAGUACACAAGUGAAAUAGUUGAAAACAUUACCAAAAAUAAUUAUUUUCCUGACAUUUAAAUAAAAGCAAAUACACAGUUGCAAAUGA